AUGUUGCCAUCACAACCACAAGUUCCAGAAAUUGGUAGCAAAUUCCAAACAGUAGAAAGUUUUAAGGAAGCUGCUCAACAAGGUGCUAAAGCAGCGAGUUUUGCUUUUAGUGUGUCAUCGUCAAAAAUGUCACGUGAUGAAAAAGGUGGCCAAGCUCCCUAUAUUAUUUUACAAUGUACAAUAGGGGGCGAGUAUAGAAAUAAUCAUAAUAUUACUGAAGAAACCAGGAAAAGGAUUAAAUUUACAAAGCGUCAAGGCUGCCCUGUUGCUUUGUAUGCUGUUUUGGAUGAGAAAGCCGGUGUUUGGAUAGUACGAUCUUAUAAAGAUCAGCAUUCUCAUGAACUCCUCCUUCCGUCACAAGUUCACUGCCUCUCUCAACAUCGACAGCUUAAUACAGAACAAAAGGAGCUAGUUCAUAUGAUGCUCAAAAGUGGAGUACCAAUUCAGUCAGUUGCUGAUGCGGUACAAUGGAAGCAUGGUACUGAGAUGAGUAUAGUCGAAGAAGCAUUUGAAGAGGUAAAGCAAGCAGCGAUGAAGAGUAGAGACCCUAAUUAUAUUCAAAAUUACUUUGAGGAAUGGAAAAAGGAUUCAGAAUGUUGGAUGCAUGUUUAUACAAAACAUUAUCCUCAUAUGGGAGUCCAAUCAACGCAACGAGCAAAAGGAAGCCAUAGCACUUUAGGUCUGAAUAUAAUUUCAGCUGAUCCAUUUAUACUUAAUAAUACGAAAUUUGAACAGUUGGUCGGAAAAAUUUCUAGAUGGGCAAUUGAUCGAAUAAAAAAAGAAAUAUGUGAGGCUCAAGAAAAUUAUGAUAAUACAAAUAAUAGCGUUUGCAACUCUUUUAAUAAGGCUUUGUAUAUGCUUAAAGAAAAAUAUGCAAAUUUAAAUGAUAGUGGGUCUAAAGCUUCAUUGUUACAUAAAAUCGAAGCACUUAUUGCUGAAGAAAUUGUAAUUCCAAAAGCACCAGUACGUACUGAAAAUAUAAGACAACCAGCUUCUACCAAACGAGAUCUUCUUC